AUGGAUGCAUUUGAAGCUGCAAAGUUAUUGGCUCAGACAAGUGGUUCCACAAUGGCAGUGUCACGAGCCACUGACAUUGUCACUUAUGGAAAUCAAUUUAAUGCAAAGAAAAAGAAAUCCGAAGAAGAAGAUAAAGACAGCGAGAUAGGAGUGGUCGCGCCUUCGCGUCGCCGGCCACCGCGGACCCGGCGAGUGUCGCCCGUCGCGGUGGAGAAACAGCUCCCGAGCGGAGACAUCUACAUCGGAAGCUCGUUGGGGAACGAGCCUCAUGGCGCCGGAAAAUACCUAUGGUCGGACGGUUGCAUGUACGAGGGAGAGUGGAAAAAGGGAAAGGCUUCCGGCAAUGGAAGGUUCUCGUGGCCGUCGGGGGCAACCUACGAGGGCGAGGUCGUUGACUGUCGGAUGGACGGUUACGGAACACUCAUUAGCGUCGACGGGAACACGUACCGUGGGUUGUGGGUUUCCGACAGGAAACACGGGUUCGGCAAGAAAUGUUACGUUAAUGGUGACGUGUAUGAAGGGUCAUGGAGUUGCAACUUGCAGGAGGGUGAGGGGAGGUAUAUGUGGAAGAACGGGAACGAGUAUGUUGGGGAGUGGAAGGGUGGUGCGAUAUCGGGGAAGGGGGUGCUGACGUGGCAGAACGGCAACCGUUACGAAGGGUAUUGGGAGAACGGGGUUCCGAAUGGGGAAGGUGUUUUCACUUGGCGUGAUGGGAGUCCCUGUUCUGAGGUUGAUGGGGAUGUUAAGAAACCUGGUCAUACUGUAUCCAAGGGACAGAAGAAUUACGACUGUUCUGAGGUUGAUGGGGAUGUUAAGAAACCUGGUCAUAAUGUAUCCAAGGGACAGAAGAAUUACGAUUUGAUGCUUAAUCUUCAACUGGGUAUCAGAUACUCUGUUGGGAAGCAUGCUUCGAUGCUGCAAGACUAUGAUUUUGAUCCAAAGGAGAAGUUUUGGACGAGGUUCCCUGCGUUCAGGUGGAAAGACUACUGUCCUGUGGUGUUCAGACAUUUAAGGGAAUUAUCUGCCAUAGAUCCCGAGGAUUACAUGCUUUCUAUUUGCGGCAGUGACACACUUAGAGAGAUGUCUUCCCCUGGCAAAAGCGGGAGCUUUUUUUACCUCACUCAGGACGACCGGUUUAUUAUCAAGACCUUGAAGAAGUCUGAAGUCAAGGUGCUCAUCAGGAUGCUUCGAAGUUACUAUCAACAUGUUUCUCAGUACAAGAACUCCAUGGUAACAAAAUUCCUGGGCUUACAUUGUGUCAAACCUAUUGGAGGUCAGAAGACUCGGUUUGUUGUAAUGGACAAUGUAUUCUGUUCGGAGUAUCGGAUUCAUAAGCGGUUUGACCUCAAAGGUUCUUCUCAUAAGCGCACAACAGAUAAACCGCAGGAGGAGAUUGAUGAGACUACCACUCUUAAAGACCUUGAUCUUAGUUUUGUCUUUCGCUUGGAAAAGUCUUGGUUUCAAGAGCUUAAAUGGCAAAUUGAUAGAUACUGUGAAUUCCUGGAAGCCAAGGGGAUAAUGGAUUACAGUUUUCUGAUUGGCCUUCAUUUUCGUGAUGAUUACUCACUUGAUGAAAUAAAAAGUUCACCAAAUGAGUUGUGUUCAGGAAACCUCGGCUGGGAACAAACAUGCCUGCCAAUAGCUGAGAGAGUAUGUAAAGCUGGAUUGGAUCAGCACACAGGUACUGGAAGUAGCAAUUCUACCCCUUCAGAGAGUAAUGGUGAGAUCUCGGAUGUAAUCCUCUACUUUGGUAUCAUUGACAUUCUCCAAGAUUAUGAUAUUAGCAAAAAGCUAGAGCAUGCAUACAAGUCACUGCAAGUCGAUUCAACCUCGAUCUCAGCCGUUGAUCCCAAGCUAUACUCCAAAAGGUUUAGGGAUUUCAUUCACAGAAUCUUUGUAGAGGACAAAUGA